AUGUUUUAUUUCUUAUUUGUGCUAUUUCCGGCGUUAUACAUUCAUGCAGGACUAUUACCGGAAGAAAUAGAAUACAGUGGAGAAAUUCCCACUUGCCGUGACGGCGGCAAACCUCUGUUAGCUGCAGGUAUCGGAGUGUACACAUGUGAUCAGGAGUGCCCUGCUGGAUUCCGGUGUGAAUCUGAAGCGACAAAUUCAUCAGGAGAAAAAGGCAUUACUUAUUCUUUCAGAAUAUGCUGCCCCAAUUUGAAUGAUUUGGAAAAAAUCUAUGAAAACAGAAGUGACAGAUUAAUGAACAAACUGAAGCAAUUGUUAGUAUAA